AUGCACAUCUCCGCCAUUAUUCUCUCAAUCUUAUUCGCCACCCUUAGCUAUGGCGACAAAAGCACCCAAGAUGCUUCAGGCAUAGGCGAAAGGGCAGCCGAUGCUCAAUUUGACCCCAACACCUGGUACCGCCUUACCAACACGUAUCUUGGCUACUCCCAGUCCCUCGACGUCAUAAAUGACAACGGCCCCAAUAGCAGCGGCACUUUGACGAUGUCCGCAACCGCCAGAUACUCUGGCCAAUUCUGGCAGCUUAUUCCCCAAUCUCCUGGGGUCUACAAGCUGCGCACACUGUUCCUCGGCCCCAAUCGGGUGCUCGACGUUUGGGGGGACGAUAAAACUAAGCCGCACCUAGCUGAAAAGGGGAACUACUCUGGACAACUCUGGACGAUAACGAGCUGGGGCGACGGGACAUGGAGGCUGACAAACGCAUAUUCGGGGCCGGGCUUGCAUUUGGAUACAUAUUCGGGUACUCACGAGCCAUUCAUGGGGAGCGGCGACCACACAGGCCAGCAUUGGCAUAUUACAGCCAUCGAGCGUAUCUCGUAG